AUGCUGCUGAAGCUGCCUACAGAGUCCAUCGUCCAGGUUCUGGAGUAUGCCGACUUCCAGUCUAUCGUUAAGUGUAGCGCGACAUGUCGGACUUUGAGAGAGAUCACGACUUCGUUCGAGUCCUUGCUAUACAUCGUUCUUCUCGGCGCUACAGGUCUACGGGAAAGAAACGGAGAAUAUGACAGGACGCUCGCACUUACCGACAAGCUCGCGCAGGUGCGCGAGUACGAUCGCGUCGGUAGCCGAGGAGGCCAACUCGCAAUUCACAGCCGUACACCCGUCGUUCCCGCGGUGUUCAAGAGUGGCACCUGGUUAACCUUCAAGUACGAUGACGACGACGGGGGAUGCAGUAUCAUGCGGAGAUACCUGGGUGGCCCGCGGUGUGCUGCUGUAUCAGAGCAUGCUGAUACGCUGGUCACGAUCUCCGAUUUCCGGAGUAGGACCGUACUCGAUUAUGACUCUGAACGCGGUCUACUGGUCGUGGCGUAUAGGUUACCAGCGAGCGAGGAUCAAGAAUGCCGCUGCCGAGCUUGGGAUAGGCUGGGGUCUGAACUUGGCCCGCGAGUCGUCUUGGAUAUACCUAGUAAUCUACCCUUGGCGGGCUUUUCGAAUGUUUGGAGUACGUACGGCUUCACGCUGUCGUAUCGGUACCGCGAUGGCGGUGUCUUGAGACGGACAUUGAGAGAUUUGCGUCAUGACGAGACUUACCUGACAUACGAAGUCCCCGACCACUCGAAGCUCGAGUUCUUUUCCCACAAGAUGGUCGCCGAUGACAUGUUCGUCAAUACGAGCUACAUGAAAGCAGACGCCCAUCGCCAGCUCUAUCCCAAAGGCUGCGCUCCCGCGGCCCCUCAGUUCGAUGUUUGGCUGUUGAAUGGAGAUGGUCUACCAUCGCUCUUCACGCUUCUACUUCCCGAGCUCAAUGACGAGGAACCGCGCGUUACUGUUGAAGACAAAUGGCGCACGACGGGCGUCUCUAUAGACAUGCCUUCCGGGCCCAUGAAGGACCUCACCGCCAAUAUCGAGGAAGAUCAUCUACUCUACGCACAUUGGCGUCUCACGCGCCCUGCCAGUGACACGCCGAAUAGCGUUCCUCCGUACACAUUCACGGAAAACCUUCUUGUCGUUAUUCACAUUUCUCGACUGCGCGCAUUCCUCAGGUCGCGACGAUACGAUUCAACCUUGCAAGCCGUGCUCGGAUGGGAUGAGUGGGCCGCUCACGCGCGUAUCGCCUUCUUGAGGCCGUCUGUGCCCGGAAUGGUGUGGCAGACUACAAAGAACCCCUGUGGAAUGCGCAUCGCGUGCUGGACAGAGUAUUAUAGUUUGUCUCAGGCGGCGACCGAACAAUCGACGUCCGCGACACGUCGGCUAUCGAUCUUGGACUUUCACCCUCGGCGCGCCGCGCGGGCACCAGGAGACAAGUCCGAGUCAUUCGCGCUCGCCGACGGUUUACGUGGUUCGGGUGUUGUGCGCCCGUUCAAGGAUGAGAACGUAUAUGCGGGCGGGUUGGCAUGUGCGCAGUAUACGUAUGUGUUGCCUCCGGAAAUUACGCGAGGACCGCGUACCGAGUUUUUGGUGCACGCGAUGACUCUGGACGGCGUUGUUGUGCUGUACAGAGACGGUAGACCGGGACAUCAAGAGUAUAUCCAUUGUACUCUGCCGACGCAAGGUGUAUGA